GAGCCCUUCUGGACAGCUCCCGCUCACCCAAACAGAAGACGUCGGCGCCAGAGUGGGCUCGGACAUGGCGAGGCAGCGCGCCCGCACAAGCGGCGGGGCCCGGUGAUCCCUCCCUCCUUCCCUACCCCCUCCCCUCUCCCGCACGCACGCCCUGUCCGCCCCCACCCCACCCCCACCCCGGGCGCGCCCGCCCGCAGCCCGGGGCACACACCCGCACGCACGGCCCGGCACACACUCCCGCACUCCCGCGCCCGCCCCCGAGCCCCGUGGCCGAACCACGCCACGCGUGCCUAACCAGCGCGCCGGCAGCCCCCGCCGCUCCCACCGCCCCCGGGCCCCGAUGGACUGAAUGAAGGCUGCCUACACCGCCUAUCGAUGCCUCACCAAAGACCUAGAAGGCUGCGCCAUGAACCCGGAGCUGACAAUGGAAAGUCUGGGCACUUUGCACGGGCCGGUCGGCGGCGGCAGCGGCGGGGGCGGCGGCGGGGGCGGAGGGGGAGGGGGCGGGGGCCCGGGCCAUGAGCAGGAGCUGCUGGCCAGCCCCAGCCCCCACCACGCGGGCCGCGGCGCUGCUGGCUCGCUGCGUGGCCCGCCGCCGCCGCCAACCGCGCAUCAGGAGCUGGGCACCGCGGCGGCGGCAGCAGCGGCGGCGUCGCGCUCGGCCAUGGUCACCAGUAUGGCCUCGAUCCUGGACGGCAGCGACUACCGGCCUGAGCUCUCCAUCCCGCUGCACCACGCCAUGAGUAUGUCCUGCGAGUCGUCCCCGCCAGGCAUGGGCAUGAGCAACACCUACACUACUCUCACGCCGCUCCAGCCGCUGCCACCUAUCUCCACCGUGUCAGACAAGUUUCACCACCCGCACCCUCAUCACCACCCUCACCACCACCAUCACCACCACCACCACCAUCAGCGUCUGUCGGGCAACGUCAGUGGCAGCUUCACCCUCAUGCGCGACGAGCGCGGGCUUCCGUCCAUGAACAACCUUUACAGUCCUUACAAGGAGAUGCCUAGUAUGAGCCAGAGCCUGUCUCCGCUGGCUGCCACCCCGCUGGGCAACGGACUGGGUGGCCUUCACAACGCUCAGCAGAGCCUACCCAACUACGGUCCGCCGGGCCACGACAAAAUGCUCAGCCCCAAUUUCGACGCGCACCACACUGCCAUGCUGACCCGCGGCGAGCAACACCUGUCCCGAGGCCUGGGCACCCCGCCUGCGGCCAUGAUGUCUCACCUCAAUGGCUUGCACCACCCGGGCCACACUCAGUCCCAUGGGCCAGUGCUGGCUCCUAGCCGCGAGCGGCCCCCUUCGUCCUCCUCGGGUUCGCAGGUGGCCACGUCGGGGCAACUGGAGGAGAUCAACACCAAAGAGGUGGCCCAGCGUAUCACCGCUGAGCUGAAGCGCUACAGCAUCCCACAGGCGAUCUUCGCACAGAGGGUUCUAUGCCGGUCUCAGGGGACUCUCUCCGACCUGCUCCGGAAUCCCAAACCCUGGAGUAAACUCAAAUCUGGCAGGGAGACCUUUCGCAGGAUGUGGAAGUGGCUGCAGGAGCCCGAGUUCCAACGCAUGUCUGCCUUACGUCUGGCAGCGUGCAAACGCAAAGAGCAAGAACCUAACAAAGACAGGAACAACUCCCAGAAGAAAUCCCGCCUGGUAUUCACAGACCUCCAACGACGAACGCUCUUUGCCAUCUUCAAAGAGAACAAGCGCCCUUCGAAAGAAAUGCAGAUCACCAUCUCCCAGCAACUUGGCCUGGAGCUGACCACUGUCAGUAACUUCUUCAUGAAUGCCCGGCGCCGCAGCCUGGAGAAAUGGCAAGAUGACCUAAGCACGGGGGGCUCGUCAUCCACCUCCAGCACUUGUACCAAAGCAUAAUUCAAAGACUCUCACCUGGGCACAAGUCACCUCCAAAUGAGGACAAAAGAUACCAAAAAAAGCAAAACAAAACAA